AGCCGUAGCGCUGAGCGAGCCAGGAUUGGAGGUGGAGAGGAGGGAGACUAGUUGUGCGGAAAGCGGUUGUGAGGCUCCAGUCACUGCGCUUCCUCUCGAGCACUAGCGAUCGCCAGAGUCCUCGUCUUCUUCUUCUUCCACAUCAGUUCCAGGGCGAGGCCAUCACCCCCGACAUCAUCAUCAUCAUGCCUAAGAGAAAGUCUCCCGAAGGAGCUGAAGGCAAGGAUUCCGGCAAAGUAACUAAACAAGAGCCUACAAGACGAUCGGCAAGACUGUCUGCGAAACCUGCCUCUUCUAAACCUGAUGCAAAACCAAAGAAACCUGCAGCCAAGAAGGAGCCAGCCACAAAGGCAAACAAAGGUGCUAAAGGGAAGAAGGAAGACAAACAAGAAGCUGGAAAGGAAGGUACUGCUCCCUCUGAAAAUGGUGAAAAUAGAGCCGAUGAGAUUCACAUCUCUCGCUCAACUGUUAAUGUUUCCACAUCCAGAGGUGCCCUGCCCAGCACACUGUCAAUUAAAGGGCAGAUUGAAACAGUUAAAGUGAAGGGAACAGAAAACUGAAGCAGCGGAUGAUGAGACAGAAUAACUUGGUCAUGGAAAUUUUCGUUGAUUUUAUGUACCUCUUGAAGAACUUUAAGAAAAAAAAAUAUUUUUCUCAAGUAUUUUGUAAAUGCUAAUUUUUUUAGGACUACGGUAGUUUAACUUUUACAUAUAUAUAAUGUACAUGAACGUUAUCCUCUUCAUUAUUCAUGCUUUGCUGAUUUUCAAUUUCUUUGUCUGCAAGUUUUAAGAAUAUCAAGAGUAGCUCUAGUGGGUGUGUUUGAGGCUGUAUUACAUAUCUACUUUUAUCGCUUUUAAGAAAACAAAACUAAAAAAAGUCUUGUGCAUAUAGUGAUGUUGUUUUUUACUGUGCAUUUAUGAAUUUUUCCAUGCCAUUUUCUAUAGCAAUAAUUAGUGGUGCUUUUGUACUUACGGUUUAUGUGGUUUUGAAAAUGACUAAAUUGUUGUGACCAUCUGCUGUUUUUUGUUUUUUUAUUUUUAUUUCUUCUAAAGUUAAAAAAAUAAAAAGGUGUUGCCUUUUAAUG